GUGCACGAGAGAGAAAGAGAGAGCGAGCGCGCAUCCAGCCAGCAGCUCCCCCCACCCCCCCGCGCGCACACACACAGUCGGGCAUUCACGCGCAAAGAGGCUGCUUUCUGCUGAGAUCAUGGACGGGACGAAGCCGGUCAUGGAGUCCAGCGCCGAGGAGGCGCAGGAUGAGGGGCAGGAGAGCAAAGGAUGCUUCGAGUGCUGCAUCAAGUGUCUGGGCCGGGUGCCCUACCCCUCGCUGGUGGCCACCAUCCUCUGCUUCUGCGGCGUGGCCCUGUUCUGCGGAUGUGGUCACGUGGCGCUGACCAGCACCCUCGCCAUGCUGGAGAACUACUUCUCCACGGUCACCACCGACCACGCCACCCUCACCGCCGUGAUCCAGGUCUUUCAGUACAUCAUCUACGGCAUCGCCUCCUUCUUCCUUCUGUACGCCGUCAUCCUGCUGGCUGAGGGCUUCUACACCACCGGGACCAUCAAGAAGGAGCUGCAGAGCGACUUCAAGACCACCGUCUGCGGACGCUGCCUCACCGCCUUCUUCAUGGUUCUGACCUACAUCCUGGCUCUGGGAUUCCUGGCCAUCUUCUGCUUCACCGCCAUCCCAGUCUUCGUCUUCUUCAACAUGUGGAACACCUGCGCCGGCCUCAGAUCUCCGGACUCCAACAUCACCUUCCCCGACUCCGUGUGCGUGGAUUUCCGGCAGUACGGUAUCAUCCCGGUGAACGCUACUCCAGGAAAAGCGUGCGGAACCACACUGGUGGACGUCUGCAACACCAGCGAGUUCUACCUCUCCUACCACCUCUACAUCGUGGCGCUAGCUGGCGCCGGAGCCACGGUCAUCGCACUGCUCCACUUCCUGAUGAUCUUAGCGGCCAACUGGGCUUACCUGAAGAGCGCGGCGUCCACGCACGACUACCAGGACAUCAAGACCAAGGACGACCAGGACCUGGAGGCCGAAGCUCGCUCCAAGGAGGGCCAGAACUCCUCCUCCUCCUACUCCUAAGGACAGGAGGUCCUGCCCCGCCAUCGCCCGCCUCCUCUCCGCACCUCCACCCCCCAAUAAACCCCCCUGUAACAUCCAGAGCUGUUCCUCACUCCGAUACAAAACCAUCUCGGUCGCGUUCGAUGGCCCGCCAACGCCCUGACUCUCCAUCCUCUUCGCCUUCCCACGGGGGUGCUUACCCAUAACACCUUCGGGUGCCCGCCCCAGGGGGGGAGGAGCAUAGAGGGUCAGGCGGCGAGAGAGAGCCCGCCCGUCGGGGCGGAGCGCGGCUUCCCCCCUCGUGCUCUGGGGCGGCGGCUCGUGAAGGUGGCCCGGCUGUGACGCCCCUCGCCGCCUCCUAAAAAAAAGAAAAAAAAGGAAAAUAGAGAAACCAUCGUCGUCCUCCGUCCGCGUCGGGGAAGACGAGCAGCGAGCAACUUCCUUGGUUUUUGGUGUUUUAUAUGCAUAUAUAUAUGAAUAUGAAUAUAUAGUGUGAAUGUGAAUGAAAGUGGUUUUUUUAUUACUCUGAAAGGAAUGCCAGCUUUUCUGUUCGCUCCUUUCCUCAUCUUUUAAUCGCUAAUUUUCCGGUUAUUGUUGCACUAUUUAAGAAUUUAAACCCCCAAAGGACCCCCCCCCCCGGAUAAAUAACUAAAAUAAUUAUUGUACAUUCUAACAAUCUGCUUUACCGCCAAAUUGUGGUCUGAUCCACACACCUGAUCCAAACCAACCGGGGAGGGCGGUCUGCAGGCGUCAGGGCAGAUCCGAUCCCGGACGAGCCCCCAGCAGCGGUUCCCCCUGUAAAUAGCCGAUCAGCACCCCUGGGGGGGUCCGGCGUUAAUGUACAUGCGCCCUUUGGCCCCCUGGUUCUGCAUUUGCUUUGCUAACUGUGACGUAAGGCCGUGGGCGGCGUGUGCUGGGGGGCCCGUGUAUGUUGGGGGGGCCCGUACAGUCAUGACAUUGGUGUUCUGGGUUCCGUGGUUUGAUGGAUUUUUAUUUCCCCCCCCCCCCACGCCUCUCCCCCCUCCCGCCGCAGAGACCGUUUGGAUGUUUACACUGAAAAAACUAAAGUCAGGAAUUUUUUCGUACGUUCGUUUUCUAAGCUGUCCUCUGGGCGCGAGGGGGGGCGGUGGGAGGAGCUUGUGGUGAGGUGAAGCAUGUCGGUAUCCGUGUCCGUGUGUGUUCUGUUCCGUGCUUUGCUGCAGGUGCUGUGACGGCCGAACCCACUUCCUUUUGAGGCGAUUUCCUCCUUGUUUGCAUGAAGGAGGCAUGACUGUCUUUGCAGUUUUCAGGUGAUGUGUCGUCGUUUGUACUGACAACUAUGGUCGGCGGUGUUUGCCCCUCCCCCUCCCCACCUUUUCUAAAGAAACUCCAUUGUACUUGGAUGGCAUUGUAGUCCCUGUAGGUGUUUCAUUAUGCUUUGACUUUUUUUUAAGUUGGGAAAUAGUUCUACGACUCCUAUAUAGUGAUGAUUUUUGUAACCUUCUCUAGUAAAACCGAUAUUUUUUAUUAUCGUG